AUGUCGUACCCGGUGAGCUCUCUGUACCUCCUUGCCUUCCUGGCGUUUACCGCUAUCUUCCUCGAUCUGCCCAGACAAGUGUCUGGGCACUUCGAGAUGAUCGGUAACGUCCUCUGCUCCCUCCUCCUUCUCCCCUUCGCCGUCCUCAUCGCCCUCAUCGCUCUUCCUCCCCUUCCCGCCUGGAUCCGCCCCCCUCCAGUGCUCUUCUCGGUUCUCUGCUUCUUCUGGACACAGCUGGGACGAGCUGUUGUCGCUGCUUACGAGUCUAGACUACGCAACGUAGGGUUGCCUCGACUGGUCGACGACGUCCUCCGCGAAGAGGGACGCCGUUCGACCCUUGAGCCGGUAUAUACCAAGCUGCGUAUGCGACUCACCAAGCAGCGGGAAUUGAUCGCCUCUCUGUUCGCCGAUCUCAGCAACACGGUUCUGGAGCACAACCGGCGCUGUGUGGAAUUCCACACGGUGUUCGGUCUCCGACCUCACCCUGGGAUACUCGCGACCAAGAAGUACAGCGACACCGAGUGGUCCGAGCCGAACGUCCUCGUCAAGAUGUUCUACGCCACGGAUCUCAAGGUCGUGUUUCUCGCCCGGAAGAUCAAGGAGUUCCACGCUGCCGCUCUCGCCAACGACGAACAGGUUCAACACCUGUCAGCAGCUCUCGACAAGGAACGGCAAGCUCUCCUCGAUCUCGACAAGAAAAUCGCCGCCCACCGGUCCAACCUCCGCCGCGCAGAGGCUGAGUCGCUUCGGCAACUCGAGCUGAUGCAGAAGAGGUCCCGGCGCUUCGAUUUCGAGAACUUCGUGCCAACCUGGCGCCUUGGUCGUUCUCUCGCCUCCCGACAGGCAACCCCCCCGCUCCCCGCCCCGGUCCCCGCUCCCGACUUCGAGGCCCUUUUCGGGUGUCCUCAGAUGGCCUUGGAAACGGUCGACGUUGAGAUUGAGAUGCCGGACGCACUCCCCCUCGUCGUCGGAGAGCCCGAGGAACUCUCGAUUAUCAACAUCGAGAUGCCCGACUAUGUCGCCGACCCUGUCGACGGCUCUGUGGUUGAUGUCGAAAUGACCGACAUCACGAUGAUCGACGCUCCCCCGAGCGAGCUGCUCCUUUGUCAGGGCUCGCCGGCUUUCACCGCUUCACCUCUACCGCCAACUCCUGUGCCGACCGUCUCUGCAGGCACAGGCAUGGAGGUGCAGCUGUGCGAAGUCGAGGAGGACCAGUCACUCGUCGUCAACGAGACACAACUACAAGUCGGUCCCUUUGAUUUCUCGCCCGUCGGUUCUCCUGUCGCCCCGGUCCCCGCCCCCGCCGCUCCCGCCCCGGCUCCUGCUCCGGUUCCCGCCCCGGUUCGCGCCCCUGUGGUUGCUCCGGUUUUCACCCCGGCCCCUGCCCCCGUCGUCGCUCCGGUCUUUGCUCCAUCCGUCAGCCUUACGGCACCGGCGUUCUCGUCGGCCACGGAGCAACCUGCCAUCAGCUUCGCCUUUGCGCCAUCUGCGCAACCUUCGACCCGCCGCAACAACAAGCCCCGGUCAUCCAUGGCUCGGCGUGCUCGUGCCCCGGCUCCUGUCUCGCAGGUCUCUUCCGCCCCUGUCUCCUCGGCCCCCACGACUUCCGCCGGUGCCGAGAAUGCCUUGGACUUUCUUCGGGGGAUCUGCGAGGAAUGGAUCGACAAGGGAGCCUUGUACAUGCUGGAUUCCCAGCUGUGCAAGGAUGUCUCGGAGUCCUGGAUCGAAGGAUGGAAGCAGCGCUGCCAGGACGGCCUAGACGAUGAGUUCGCCCCAGGACCCGCCGACUGUCACUUGGACAAUGUUUCCGGUGGUCGCAAGACCAUCGAAUUCUUCAAGCGGCAGUUCCGGCGGAGACUGGACGGACCCAACGAGGCUGGUCGUCUUGCGGUGUUGGGAUACUUCCAGAGGCUCGGGAGGGAGUAUGAUCUGGCGUUCGAUCCAGUGGCGCUCUGA